GGAUAGCAGCUUUACUCGCCAGACAUCCCCAAUGGCUAAGACUACAGAGGCUCCGAGGGAGAAAGAAUUGGGGUCAGAUGACCCCCAAAGCGAACUACUGUCUUUGAGACACAUCAUCAGGCAGGGUAUCAAGCAGCUGUACCAGACUCAACAGCUCUGUGAUGUCACCCUGGUGGCCGAAGGAAGAAAGUUCCCUUGCCACAGAACACUCUUGGCUUCCAUCAGCCUCUACUUCCAGCGAAUGUUCACCAGCACCUUCAAGGAAUCCCGGGAGGGGGAAAUUGUGCUGAUGGAUUUGACGGCCUCCUCCCUCCAGAGGCUCCUGGAUUACAUCUAUACAGGGGAGCUGCUGGUCCUCUCUGAAGACGUAGAAGAGCUGUUCACAGCAGCCAGCAGGCUUCAAAUCAUGUCUGCGUUGGAAAUCAUCACCAGAUUCCUCAUGGAGAGGAUUUCCAUGGAGAACUGCUUGAGUCUUUACGUGCUGGCGUAUUCCCACAACCACCGGCCUCUCCUCCGCCCGGCCUCGCGCUACAUUGCCUUCCAUUUUGAGCACCUCGUUGAGCUCACAGCCUUCCUUGCCCUCGACUUCAGCGUCCUGGUCAGCAUAAUUGCCUCAGACAGCCUGGAGGUGGACUCCGAGCUGACCAUCUACAGGGCCAUGCGCCGCUGGGUGUAUCACAACCCUGAUGAGCGCCUCCUGAAGCACGCGGCCCUGAUGGACCACAUCCGCCUCUCUCUCCUGAGCCCUGAGGAACUCGCCGAGGUCCGGGCCGAGACAGAAGAGUUUUAUGAGUGCGUCCGACUGCCGUGGGAGGAACUCAGCGUCCCUGAGCGGCUGUGGGCCAGCAGAGGCCUGCGGCAAGGCAUGUACCACAAGGGCAUUGUUUGCGUGGGGCUCCCCAAAUGGAGCAAGAUGAGCCUGGGGGACGAGGAGCUGGAUUCUCACGUGCACUUCUUUGACCCGUCCACUGAGCAGUGGGAGCAGCUUCCCGACCUGAAAUCGCUGACCUCGCCUAGCUGCGUUUCUCUGGGCCACAAGCUCUACAUCACCGGCGGGCAGCAUCUAGAUGGCUCCUACUCCAAUAACCUGCUGGUGUACGACACGCUUGGGGGCCACUGGUCCAAGCUGCCUCCCAUGUCCACAGCCCGGGCGUGGCACGCCUUCCUCCUAUGCCACAAAAGGCUGUAUGCUGCUGGUGGCUGGGACAGCACCGGGACUCUCGUGUGCGCUGAGAGCUACGACUUGGAGCGCGAGGAGUGGACGGACAUCUCCAGCCUCCCCUUUGCAUUGACUUAUUUCUCCUCUGUGACACUCAAGAGCAAACUGUACCUCGUCGGCGGGGAAAGGGAUGACUCCGAACUUCCCGUCCCUCACAAGGGGUUCCUGGUUUACGACAUCAAAUCCGGCGCCUGGUCCCAGGUCCCCAUGGCCUUUGAAUUCUACGAGGCCAGCGCUGUCACCUUGGGCGACUGCAUAUUUGUGGUCGGGGGGCUCUCCGGGGAGGGCAUUGAGGGCUCCCGGUACUUCACCGGCCGUUGCGUCUGCCUGCUGAGCGAUGGCACGGUGAACCAAGAACUCUCCAUCCCUCUCCUCCCCAUCGCCAUCUCUUACCCGGGUGUCGUCUGCUGGAGGAAGAGGGUGUAUGUCUUUGGGGGCGACAGCAACGACCGCUAUUCCAGCGCGAUCCAUUACUGGGAGCCAGGCCAGCAGAACUGGGUCCAGUGCGUGGCAACUUUACCUGACCCCCACUAUGGGGCGUUUGGCUUUGGCUGCAUUCCACUCAAGGUCCCGAGAAAAAACAUCCUGGCUGUCUUUCACCGGGGAUCCGCCUUCGAGGUGGAGGAGCAGGCGGAAGACAGAUUGGAACCCUGCCCAGUGGCCAACCUUACUUAGCACAUUUUUGGUCCUUGUUAUUUUUAAUUGGUUUAUUUAAAAAGAGAGAGACCUGAAGCCAAA